GGUUGCAAUAGCUGCGCGCGGCCGACGCGACGCGUUCUGUCGUCUUCCAUCUGCCUUCCCCGGCUGCAACCCUCAAACCCAUCAUGAAACCCGCCGUACAAGACGAAGAGAUUGAAGAUGACCUUGCUGCGGAGGAGGAGAACAAGCUAAUUAACGAGGAGUACAAAAUAUGGAAGAAAAAUGCGCCGUAUCUGUACGACUUGGUCAUCACACACGCCCUGGACUGGCCAAGUUUGACAUGUCAGUGGUUCCCUGACAAGGAGUCACCCCCCAACAAGCCGUAUACUGUUCACCGCCUACUGCUGGGCACACAUACGUCCGGCCAAUCACAAGACCACUUGCAAAUCGCGACCGUCCAGAUACCCAAACGUUCAGGACCCUCUGCGGAGAAACUCGAUCGCAGCGACUACGAUGACGAACGAGGAGAGCUUGGGGGGCAUACCAUCCCACCGCAGCCUCGCAUCCAGAUCGUUCAACGAAUCAACCACCCUGGCGAAGUCAACCGCGCACGGUACAUGCCACAAAACCCGGACUUGAUUGCCACCAAGGCAAUAUCGGGCGAGGUAUUCAUAUUCGACAGGACAAAGCAUUCCAGCGAGCCUGAGCGAGGAGGUCUGUGUAAGCCUGAUAUCCGCCUCGUCGGACAGACGAAAGAAGGAUUUGGACUGGCUUGGUGUCCCACCAAGGCAGGUCACGUUCUUGGUGCUUCCGAGGACAUGACCAUUUGUCAUUGGGACAUGAACUCGUACACGAAAGCGAAAAAUACCAUCGAGCCAACGACAGUGUUCAAGGGCCACACUUCCGUGGUUGGGGAUGUUGACUGGCAUCCCACGAAGGAGAAUGUCUUAGCAAGUGUCGGGGAUGACAAGUUGCUGAUGCUGUGGGAUACCCGUGCACCGACGGAGCCAACGACGAAAGUGAGAGCACACGAUCGGGAAAUUCUGGCUUGUGCCUUCAACCCUGCUUUCGAGCACCUCAUCAUCACUGGUAGCGCAGAUAAGACAAUAGUCCUACACGACAUCAGGGCUACAACAAAAAGGCUCCACACGUUUGAGUCGCAUACAGACGAGGUGUUGCAUCUUGCCUGGUCUCCCCACACUGCGUCUGUCUUCGCAUCUGCUUCGAGUGACCGGCGCGUAAAUAUCUGGGAUCUUGAUCAGAUCGGGGUGGAGCAGACUCCGGAUGAUCAAGAAGAUGGACCACCUGAACUCUUGUUUAUUCACGGAGGUAAAUACAUUCCGACUACCCUGUGUUCUCGACGGAGUUACAUUUCGCACGCAGGUCACACCGCCCGUCCAUCGGACUUCUGCUGGGCCCCUGGUGAGGGAGAGAUUUGGACCGCAGCCACGACGUCCGAGGACAACAUUGUUAUGGUCUGGCAACCAACCAUGCGUAUAUGGGCGGGUGACGAAGUCAAGAUUGAUGAGAAAGAGCUCGAAGGAGAUGCCAUGGAAGGAGUCGAGAGCACCAACGAAGCCAACGUGUCGGUCACUGCGUCAAGCAGCAAGAUUGUGAGCGCAGCCGGAACGACGAGUAUACGGAGUCAGAGCAUGAGCAUGAGUGCAAGUACGAGCAAUGUAGACGCAGAGGACGAUGACAACUGAAAAAAUGCGUGCGCAGUACUGAUCCAGAGGAAUUAUCGGGUGAUACAAGGAAGCAAUGCCAGGUCGUAUGUAGUGAGAAGUGUAACGCGCUAUGGGCUCAUCUCCACCGAGCCGUACUCAGAGAAAUAUCAACCUUCCGAGUUCGAAUAACACUAGUUGC